GGCAUCGGCAGCCCUGUUAGUUGCCCGUCCGCCAGAGAGGGCCGCGCACAGUCGUAAUCAAGCGUUGGCGAGUAACGGUACACAAGCGCAUUUUUUUUUAGUAUUUAGAUCGUAUUCGCAUCCAUCCACAGUUUCGCAUCAACGUGCCGCGUGUCGUAUCCGUGGCCUGCACAGCUCGUACAGCCCGUAUCCUUACAGCCACGCGUCAGGAAAUACUGCAAGAACACCUUGGAGCUGCACAGCCAUGCCCACACAGAACAGCGGCCAGUGGCGGCGUAAAAGCAAUCGGGGUUUGAUUAUUGGCCUAUUUGGGUUUUGCCUUGGACUAUUUGGCAUAGUGUACGGCAUGUUCUGGGAGGAUAUCUUCAAUUGGAUCAAGCAUAAGGAAAUGGCGCUCGCGCCCGACACACGCGUCUAUCAGAAUUGGAAGACGCCGCCAAUGGAACUGCACUUGGAUAUAUACUUGUACAACUGGACAAAUCCCGAAGAGUUUGGCAAUCUAAGCAGCAAGCCCAUCUUACAGCAGCUGGGCCCCUAUCGUUUCAUAGACAGGCCCGAUAAGGUAAACAUUAGCUGGCAUCCAUCGAACAACUCGGUCACCUAUCGCCGCCGCAGCUUGUACUAUUUUGAUGCCGCCGGAAGUGCGGGCAGCCUGGACGAUGAGAUCACCACGCUCAAUGCUGUGGCCCUGUCGGCGGCAGCCACGGCCAAGUAUUGGAGUCCCGUCAAGCGGAGCAUGGUCGAUGUGGGCCUCAAGCUUUAUGGUCAGGAGAUGUAUGUCACGAAAACGGUCGACGAAAUGCUCUUCACUGGCUACAGUGAUCCCAUGAUCGAUGUGGCCAUGGCCAUGCCCAUUUUUGGGGACGAUGUUAAGGUGCCCUUCGACAAGUUCGGCUGGUUCUACACGCGCAAUGGCAGUGCCGAUCUAACUGGUGUCUUUAAUGUCUUCACUGGCGUCGACGAUCUGGCCAAGCUGGGUCAAAUGCAUUCCUGGAACUAUCAGACGCACACGGGCUUCUUUGACUCGUACUGCGGCCUGGCCAAUGGCUCGGCCGGCGAAUUUCAGCCGCAACAGCCACAACCGGGCGGCAGUGUCGGUCUCUUCACGCCGGACAUGUGCCGUACUCUGCCAUUGGACUACGCGGAGACACAGGAAAUCGAAGGAUUGCAGGCCUACAAGUUCGCAGGCGGUGCGCGUUCCGUUGACAAUGGCACAAUAUAUCCGGAGAAUCUGUGCUUCUGCGGUGGCGAAUGCGUGCCCUCCGGCGUAAUGAAUAUCAGUUCCUGCCGCUUCGGCUCACCCGUGUUUAUGUCGUAUCCGCAUUUCUACAAUGCCGAUCCGUUCUAUGUGGAUCAGGUGGAGGGUCUGCAGCCCAAUAAGGAGCAGCACGAGUUCUAUAUGGUCGUAGAGCCAAGCACAGGCAUCCCGCUUGAGGUGGCAGCACGUUUCCAGGUUAACAUGCUGGUGGAGCCCAUUGAGGGCAUCGCAUUGUAUCAGGACAUUCCACGAAUUUUCUUUCCGUUGAUCUGGUUUGAGCAGAAGGUGAGAAUCACGCCCGAUUUGGCCGAUCAGCUAAAGCUCUUGCCAUUGGUCCUGCUGUCUGGCCAUAUCUUUGCGGGUGUGUGCCUGGCCGUGGGUCUCAUUAUGCUGCUCUGGAUGCCCGUUCAUCAACUGCUCGCCUGGUGCCAGACACGUGAAUACGACGUGAAGAUGCAGCACAAAAGCAAUGGACACUACAAAAGUCGCUCGCAGUUCUCCAGUGCCGAAGAGCUGAAGUCCAAGGCCUCGACGCUGGUGUGCGAGAAGAGCGCUGGCGCCACGCCGGACAGUUCGCCGCUGCUGGAACGGAAUCGCAAGGCCACUGUGCUGAUGUCCAAGUCGCAGACAGGUGAUAGUAUGGCCACUGCCUCAACAGCCCUCAGCGAGACGGCGGACGGCAAACAGGACUAACGGAGUUAACAGGAUCAACUAGCCGUCCUAGUGCUUUAUCAUAGUUAAUAGUCAGUUAGUGUAGGAAAAACAUGCAUAUUAUAUAAAUAUAUGUAUAAGCAUAUAUAUAAAUAUGUCCCUCAUCCUGUUUGGAUACAGCUCCUCAUUCCGGAGUACAUACAUGCAUAGGUGGCAAUGCCAAAGAUUAUAUAGCUGCGGGGAGAGUUGUAUGAAUGCCAUGGCAUGGCAUAUUGCAUAGCUAACGAAUACUCUUUCUACAUCUUAAUAAAUAUAUAUAGUUUUAGAAUUGUAUUUGAAAUGUUAAGACACUAGAACACAGAGAAUUUUGAUAAAAUUAUUUUCUAAAAAUCA